AAACGCCAGAGACACAGAGAGAAAGAGAGCUGAACCUGCAAAGUGCAAAGGGAGAGCCAUGGUAUAGGGCUUCACGAGGCCUUUCACUAACCUAAAUUCUAAUCGAAAGGAGUAGCAGGCCAUGGCCACCAUGUUUCUUUGUCUUCUUUUUCUCUUCAACUUUCAUCUUCGCCUCUCUUUCUCCGGACAGUUGGACUCUAUGGAGUCAGUUCCUGAUCUUCAAAAGGCAAUGUACAAGGUCAUUGAUGGAUAUCCUUGUGUACGACUGCUCAAUCUUUCUGGGGUGAUUGGAUGUUCAAACCCCGGACGAGAAAUGGUUGUGGCUCCGAUUGUAAGGUUCAAAAUUGAAAAUGCGCUGUCUCAGUCCUCUGCAGUUUUGGUCUCAAUGGAUGAAGUUCAAAGUUUCUUCACCAGAAUAUGGAACGAUUCAAGUUUUGCUAGUAAUAUUGCUGGUGUUAUAGUUGAAUCAGGAACUGAAAUCCGAAAUGAGUCAAAAGGAUUCUCUCCCGAUCGAAAGUUUCCACAAGCUGAAUUCUCUCCUUACCAAAGUGCCAACUAUGAGUGGAACCCAAUUGGAUCUGGUGUCAUGUGGAAUGCUUAUAAUUUUCCUGUAUUCUUACUUUCUGAGAAUAGCACGUUAACGCUGCAGGAGGCAGCUACCAAGAACGAGGAAAGCAAGAAAGCUUAUACUGUUGAUGUGGCUGAAUUUGAUCUGGUGAUGCAGACUACAAAAGCUGGGACUGGUGAUUCAGAAUCUUGUUUGAAAGGACGGACUUGUCUUCCAUUAGGUGGAUACAGUGUUUGGUCAUCCCUUCCUCCAAUUAACGUUUCUUCAUCUGACCAAUCCAAGCCUGUAAUACUGACGGUGGCAUCUAUGGAUUCUGCUUCAUUUUUCCGGGACAAAAGCCUUGGUGCAGACUCCCCCAUAUCUGGACUGAUUUCAUUGCUAGCAGCAGUUGAUGCACUUUCACAUGUAGAUGGUCUGGAUGACCUUACUAAACAGCUUGUUUUUAUAGUUUUCACUGGAGAGGCCUGGGGUUACCUUGGUAGCAGGAGAUUUUUAUAUGAACUUGAUCUACAAUCAGAUGCUGUUAGUGGCCUAAAUAACUCAUUAAUUGACAUGGUCAUGGAAAUUGGAUCUGUUGGGAAGGGCUUCAAUCAAGGGGUUAACAAGUUUUAUGCUCAUACAGCAGGGGUUUCAUCUGCCACAAAUGAGACAUUGAAUGCCCUAAAGCGUGCUCAAGAUUCAAUGAAAUCUGAAGACAUAAUCAUCUCGCAGGCAAAUGUUUCAAAUCCUGGAAUACCUCCAUCGUCCUUGAUGACAUUCCUGAGCAAGAAUUCGCUCACUUCCGGUGUUGUAUUAGAAGAUUUUGAUAGUGUCUUCAGCAACAAGUUUUACCAUAGCCACCUUGAUAAUAUAUGUGAGUUGGUUUUUAUUCUUGGAUGCUUCUCUUCUUCCUUGAUUAAAGCAUCCUGUGUUAUACAGCUAUACCUGAUCUCUAUUCUUUUCUUGUUUCUUUUUCUUUUUGGUGCAGCAAAUAUAAACUCUUCAGCUGUAGUGGCUGCAGCUUCCCUUGUUGCCCGCACCCUUUACAUACUUGCAAGCGGCAAUAAAAAUUUGAGCAGUUCAGCUCUAACUGCUAUCAACGCGAAUGUCUCACUAGUUGAAGAACUUAUGGGUUGCCUAUUGGACUGCAAUCCAGGUCUUUCAUGUGAGCUGGUGAAGAACUAUAUAUCACCCAGAAACUAUAUAUCACCCAGCAGUAGCUGCCCUAACCAUUAUGUCGGUGUUAUCCUUGAUGAACCUUCCUCCACACCUUAUCCUGAUUAUGUAGAUGAUGUCUCUAGAUUCUUGUGGAAUUUUCUGGCUGACAGAACAUCUAUUCCCAGCGAGAAUGCUAGUUCUGUUUGUUCACAAGGUUGCAGCAACAGAGGUGGAGUUUGUGUUAGGGCAGAAACAGAUGGAAAGGGAGUUUGCGUUAUUUCCACAACCAGGUAUGUUCCAGCAUAUUCAACACGGCUAAAGUAUGAAUCUGGAACUUGGAUUGUCUUGCCGCCUAAUUCCUCUGACCCAAUGGGGAAGUCGGACCCUGUUUGGACGGAGAGCAAUUGGAAUGUAAUUGGGCUCCGGGUCUACACGGUCCAGGAAGCUGCUUAUGACCGGCUUGUGUUGCUUGGCGGAAUCACCGUCACAGUUUUAGCUUAUCUUGCAAUAGUAAUUACAAGAUCAAUCAUCACAAGGACCUUGAAGCGAGAUUGACAAGGUUUAAUUAGGGUGAAGUUUUGAAACGUACAUGCGUGGACAUGGUAGAAAUGUGAUGGUAAAUGCCCACUGAAUAAUUUAUUGCAGUUUGUAGAUAUUUGAGGGGAUGUUGCAUUUUUGAGCUUCAUCCUUGUGUUAUGCCAUUUGAAUUUUGCUGGAAGUUAGUAACAUUGAAUCAUUGAAGCUUGUAUUGCUAUCUUACACAUUUUAGAAUAGUGAAUGGAGUUACCUAAAGAGAGAAACUGGAGCACUUUUUAUCCUCUCAAGCAGGUUUUGGACUCUAAUUUUUUGAACGUACCAAAUAUCUAGACAGCAACUUCAUAUUUUCCUCAUGCAA